AUGGAUUCAUGGGAUGAGACUUCGUUUUCCCAGAAUCCAAUUUGUAGUAGACCAGAUCCGCUCCAGCCCGACACAGCCUUCCAGUUCCUGAUGGAUUCUGGGAAUCAGAGUUCCUCCCUGAAUAUGCGCAGGCGCAGUUCCAGCCCAGUAGGGAUUCGCGCCUCUCCUUUUUUUUUGCAGCGGGUGAGUGUGAAUGAGUGUGAGCGUGACUGUCUGGUCCCUCUGGACAAAGACCAGCGGUCCCCCCACCCUCCGCUUGAGGAUGCGGAGGUGGGGGCGGGGCUAGGGCGGGGCCCGGGAGGAAUUGGAGAAGGGGCGUGGUUGUCUAAGGCGGGCGGGCUGGGGGGGGUGCACCCAGGUCGAGUGCGGAGACCCUCCCCCAUCAAUUGUGGGGGAGGGGAGCCAGGGACCCGGGAUCUGCUAGAUGUUCCAGGCCGCCCCGGGGUUGAUUUUCUUCCUGAACAUAAUACUUUUGGACUGAAGUACAAUCUGGGAUCAGUCCUUUCUUCACAACAGAAAAUUUCUGGAAAAAAAUGUCUCCAUGAAUAUGACAACUUUUGGAAGAACUUCAUUGGGUUGUCAGGCCUAAGUGAACAUGACCGAAUCUGCUUAGGAGAGAAACUCUCUCAGUAUAAUAAAUGUCAGAAGCCCUUCAUUGACCAUUCAAAACGAAUUCAUUACCAUAGGACAUAUGCUCAAGGAAAACUCUCUAAACAUGAUGAAUUUGGCAAAGACUUCAGCAUCAAUUCACAAUUUCCUGAGUCUGAAAGGGUUCAUAGUGGUGUGGAAAAAUUUUUUGAAUGUAAUGAAUGUGGGAAAGCUUACCACAGUAACCAAUCUCUAACUGCACAUCAAAGAACUCAUACAGGAGAGAAGGUCCAUAAAUGCAAAGAAUGUGAAAAAGUCUUUAGUUCCUGGAUAAACCUUUUUGUACAUAAGAAAAUUCAUAAUGAAGAGAAAUCUUAUUUAUGUAAUGAAUGUGGUAAAACCUUUAAGCAGAAGCGACACCUUAAAAUUCACAAGAUGGUUCAUGCUGGACAGAAGUCAUAUGUAUGUAAUAUAUGUUUGAAAACCUUCAGUAAUAAGCUCUAUUUAGACCAACAUAAAAAAAGUCAUACUAGUGAUAUAAUCUAUAAGUGUAAUCAGUGUGGGAAAGCAUUUUUCCAGGAAUCACAGUUUAUUAAACAUAAGUUAAUUCAUACCAGGGAAAGACCAUUUGGAUGUAAUGAAUGUGGGAAAGCUUUCAGCAAUAAACACUACCUAAACAAACAUCAAAAAAUUCAUAUUGGAGUGAAACCCUUCAAAUGUAAUGAAUGUGGGAAGGCCUUUAGCAGUAAGAGCUACCUAAUACAACAUAAGAAAAUCCAUACUGGAGUGAAACCCUUCAAAUGUAAUGAAUGUGGGAAAGGCUUUAUGAGUAAGAGCUACCUAAUUCAGCAUCAAAGAAUCCAUGCUGGAGGGAAGCCUUAUAAAUGUAAUGAAUGUGGGAAAGCCUUCAGUAGUAAUAGCUACCUAAUUCAGCAUCAGAGAAUUCAUACAGGUGAGAAACUCUAUAAAUGUAAUGAAUGUGAGAAAACUUUCAUUAGUAAUAAACAACUUUCACAACAUAAAAGAAUCCAUACUGGAGAGAAACCUUAUAGUUGUAAUGAAUGUGGAAAAACCUUUAGGCAGAUGGGACAUGUUGAAACACAUAAAAAGAUUCAUACAGGUGAGAAGCCUUUUGAAUGUAAUGAAUGCGGGAAAGCCUUUAUAAGUAAUCAACAGCUAUCCCGACAUCAAAGAAUUCAUAUUGGAGGGAAGCCUUAUAAAUGUAAUGAAUGUGGAAAAGCCUUCAGUAGUAAUAGCUAUUUAACUCUACAUCAAAGAAUUCAUCCUGGUGGGAAGCCCUAUAAAUGUAAUGAAUGUGGCAAAGUUUUCAUCAGUAAUAAUAACCUAAUUCAGCAUCAAAAAAUCCAUCCUGGAGAAAACCCCUAUAAAUGUAAUGAAUGUGGGAAAAUAUUCAGCAGUAAUAGCUACCUAAUUCAACAUCAAAGAAUUCACACUGGAGAGAAACCCUACAAAUGUAAUGAAUGUGGAAAAGCCUUCAUCUGUAAUAGCUAUCUAAUUCAACAUCAAAGAAUCCAUACUGGAGGAAAGGCUUAUACAUGUAAUGAAUGUGGAAAAGCCUUUAGCAGCCAUCAGAAACUCACUCUUCAUCAAAGAAUCCAUACUGGAGAGAAACCAUAUAAAUGUAGUACAUGUGGCAAAGCCUUCAAUAGUAACAGCUAUCUAAUUGAACAUCAAAGAAUCCAUACUGGAGAGAAGCCCUACAAAUGUAAAGAAUGUGGCAAAGCCUUUAGGCAAAGUUCAUCACUUAUGCAACAUCAGAAAAUUCACACUGGAGAGAAACCCUAUCAUUGUAAUGAAUGUGGGAAAGCCUUUAGGCAGAGUUCAUCUCUUAUGCAACAUCAGGUAAUUCAUACAGGAGAGAAACCCUACAAAUGUAAUGAGUGUGGGAAAGCAUUCAACAAUAAUCAAAAUUUAUCACGACAUCAAAGAACUCAUACUGGAGAGAAGCCGUAUAAAUGUAAUAAAUGUGGGAAAGCCUUCAGCAGUAAUAGCUAUCUAACUCAGCAUCAAAGAAUCCAUACUGGAGAAAAGCCUUAUAAGUGUAAUGCAUGUUGGAAAGCCUUUAGCAGUAAUCAAAAGCUCUCAAGACAUCAAAGAGUCCAUACUGGAGAAAAACCCUAUAAAUGUAAUGAAUGUGGGAAAUACUUCACUAGAUUUAGUAAUAGCUACUUAAGUGUACAUCAAAGAAUUCAUACUGGAGAGAAACCCUAUAAAUGUAAGGAAUGUGGCAAAGCCCUUAGGCAAAAUUCAUCACUUAUGCAACAUCUGAAAAUUCAUACUGGAGAGAAACCCUAUCAUUGUAAUGAAUGUGGGAAAGCCUUUAGGCAAAGUUCAUCCCUUAUGCAACAUCAGGCAAUUCAUACAGGAGAGAAACCCUACAAAUAUAAUGAGUGUGGGAAAACUUUCAACAAUCAUAGAAAUUUAUCCCGACAUCAAAGAACUCAUACUGGAGAGAAGCCCUAUAAAUGCAAUAAAUGUGGGAAAGCCUUUAGCAGUAAUCAAAGGCUCACAGGUCAUCAAAGAGUCCAUAUUGGAUAA